CUCCAGUCCAAGCAGGAGCAAGAACAACAGGAAGAGUCGAAGAGAGGAGAUCAGGGACAAGAACAGCCAGAAAGAGGAGAGGAGGCUCAUCAAUCGCAACUAAUUCUCGCAGUCGCAGAGACAAGCAAUCAUCAGACAUGAGAACCCAGGCGCUGUUCUUCCUCGCACUCGCACUUAUCGGCGCCGUCCUCGCGCAGUCCAGCAACAGGCACCACCACCACUACCACCACGCCCAUGUCCAAGGCAAAGGGCAGGGAGCCGGAGGAGGAGGAGGGGAGCUGGCGAGCCGGGCGAAGGCGGCGGCGCGCGCGUGGCCGUGCUGUGACAGCUGCGGCGGGUGCACCAGAUCGGAGCCGCCGCGGUGCCAGUGCCUGGACGCGGCGCCCCGCGGGUGCCACCCGGCCUGCAGGGACUGCGUCAAGUCCAGCCUCAGCGCCGACCCGCCGGUGUACCAGUGCAUGGACCGCGUCCCCAACUUCUGCCAGCGCCGCUGCACCGCCGCCGCCGCCGCCGCGGCGCACUGACCGACCGCGCGGGGCAGCCGAGCCAGCCGACGACUGGUUUCUGCUUGCAGCUUGGUAUUAUUGACCCAGCAACCUUUUUGCCCACCCACCCACCCGCUCGCCCGCCCGCCGGCGAAUCAUGGCGUCUGGAGCCUUUGAAGCCAGCCGUGGAUUAGGAUUUUUGUUUGUUUGUGUUUGUGUAGACUGUAACUGUAAAGAGAGAUGAGGAAUCUGUAAUCUGGUGAACGAGCAACCAAUCCGAGCUUACGUUGUCCGUCUGUGGUGUGGUGUCCUUCUUCUUCUUCUUGUGUUCUGUUUUCUUUCAUUCAGUUACACACUUUGGUAGGUAGUUGGCACUGCUUUGCUCUGUAUGGCUGACUCUUGUUGUCUGUGUGAGAGAGAUGAGCAUGAUGGAUCACUGAGAUUU